UUUAUUACGUGCCUCUUGCCAAUUUGGCGAGGAGUGUCUGUAGUAGGUUAGUGGGGCCAACUUUGUUGUCCAAAGUCACAAAGCUGAAACUGGAGUAGUUAGUAAAAUGUAAAAUCUGGGUAAAGUGUGUUUAAAAAGUCUUGUAAUUUUCUUAUAACAACCCAAUGUGUACCAUGUGACGAUAACGGACUGGAGUACGUGCUUAUGUCUAAAAUUUGUUUGUUUCACAUAUACUAGUCAUAACAAAUUAAGUCAUCAUUAUUAGAUGUAAUAGGCUUAAAAAAUCGUGUGUAUGUAUAUGGGACCGGAGUCAUCUGGUCUAAAUUGUCUGGGUGAAGAUUGGUGUGAACGUCGUUUAGUUGGAGUUUUUAAUACCUCUCAAGUAGCUUAUAAUAGAAAUGUUACAAUAAAUGACAACUGGUUUGGUGGACAUUAUGAAUUUGGAAGCAGCUGUAUGUUUGCCAAGGUAAAUUCAAGUUAUUUCCCCAUUGGAGAUAUAACGAUAUUAAUAUUAACAUAUGCUACGGAUUCCUUGUAUAAUUUGAUACAUCUGAAUGUAUUGUAUGCUAAAUUAGAUAACAAAGAUAAUUAUGUGAAAGGGUGUGAACAUUUUGAGUGUUACGAUUCCGUAGUGUUCUAAGUGAUAAUGUGCAAAAACUACUCGUAUAUAGGCUUAAGGCGAAGCAGAUUCUACGCCUCUAGGAAUUGAUCUAAAUUUCUGAAGGAACUAAAAAAAAAUGGGAUAAAAAUAGGCCAUUGCAUGUUUAAAAUGACUUCGCGAUUUAAACGUACUGCAAAUAGCUAUGAAAGUGUUCGCGUCUUGUUUGUCCACAGAUUAAAAUUGAAAUAACCUGGACGACUAGUUACCCACUUUUAAUAUCAGAAACCACACAUGUUUGGUUUAUAGUAAGGAUGCAAUUGGAGUAUUCAUGGACGUUAUGUUCUGGAUGGAUAUUGUGCGUCUUCAUGGUAAGUUCGCUCAAAGCCAAAGAGGUGGUCAAAUUUGCCAUUAUAACCCCCUCCGAUGGUCAACGGUUAUUUUCGACCCAUCGUGUGGCUCCGGUAAUCAACUACAGUAUUUCAAGGAUAAAGGAACUUGAUUUAUUACCAGACGUUAGGUUCCUGGUAAGUUAUGGAGAUUCCAAAUGCAACUCCAAAGAUGCUCCUAUCAAAGCUUUCGAUUUUUACAAAUCAGGCUACGUCAGUGUUUUCCUUGGUCCAGUCUGUGAUUAUAGUCUGGCGCCAGUUGCCAGAUACGCGCCGUAUUGGAACAAACCGGUUAUAUCUCCCGGAGGCUUUGCACACGAUUUUGGCAGGGGCAAGCAUUCUGAGGAUGCUGAGUAUAGAACUUUGACUCGAGUUGGUGCCACCUUCAACUCUCUGGCUAAAACUGUUAUUGGACUUGUACAACAUUAUGAAUGGCACCGGAUUAAAGUCAUUUAUGACGGAGAAGGACACAAUGAUGUUGCUCCACGAUUCUGCUUUUUGGCAGCGUCCGCUUUCGUGUCUUAUAGUAAGAAAAAACGCUUGGAUUACGAUUUUCACAUGUUUAUUCCCAAAGUUCACAAAGUUGAGGAUAUGCUGAGAGAGGAAGUUGGUAAUCAGUAUAACAUUAUUAUAUUAUGUGCAUCACCCGAUUCUAUCAGAGAGAUAAUGAUUAAAGCUCAUGAGUUAAACUUUGAUAAUGGUGAAUAUGUCUUCUUCAAUAUCGAUCUCUUCAGCAGUAAAAAUGCUAGUGAACGGCCUUGGCACAGAGAGAAUGAACCACCAGAAAAGAAUCAAGCUGCACGUAAGGCGUACGAAUCCCUCAUGACAGUCACAUUGCGUAAACCCACAUCGCCAGAAUACAAGAAAUUCUCAGAGGAGGUGAAAAGAAGGGCCGGAGAAAUGUAUGAGAACUUUACAUACGGGGAAGAAGAGGUGAACAGUUUUGUUGGAGCGUUUCAUGACGCUGUGAUAUUAUAUGCAAUAGCAUUAAAUGAAACAUUAGAAGCAAAUGGUUCCAUAUCAGAUGGUAAAGCUAUUACAGACAGAAUGUGGAAUAGAACAUUCGAUGGAAUAACUGGCACUGUAAGUAUUGAUGCCAAUGGAGACAGAAACGCAGACUAUUCACUUUUAGACUUGAAUCCAAAGACCGAUAAAUUCGAGGUAGUUGCCAAUUACUAUGGUAAUAAAAAACGCUACGAACCGGUAGAUGGAAAGGCGAUUCAUUGGGCCGGAGGUCGGAGUGGUCCCCCUACAGAUAAACCAAAAUGUGGGUUCGAUGGCUCUAAAUGUCCACCAGAUGAACCUUUUCCUGAAUAUGUGAUUGUUAUCAUCGUUCUGGGAUCUGUAUUAGUCGUGGUACUAAUAGUAACUAUCUUUGUUUAUAGACACAUAAAACUAGAAGCAGAAUUAGCGGAAAUGAAUUGGAGAGUGAAGUAUGAAGAUAUCAUGUUCGGAGCUCCUACCAAAAAUCGGAAAUUGGAAAAUUGUGAAAGCCGAGUGAGCUUAGAUCGAUGCAGCGAAGCUGCAUCAAUUAAUACAAUGGUAAUGCAUCUUGAUAAUGGUAAUAAACAACUUUUUACAAAGACAGGGUAUUACAAGGGUGCAAUUAACGCCAUCAAACCAAUAGAAAAACAACAUAUCACCAUCCAUAAACCAUUAUUACUGGAAGUAAAACAGAUAAAAGAUCUGCAGAAUGAUCAUUUGGUAAGGUUUGUAGGGGCGUGUAUAGAUCCACCACAUUGUUGUAUACUAACAGAAUAUUGUCCUAAGGGAAGUCUACAGGAUGUUCUUGAGAAUGACCAAAUCAAACUUGAUUGGAUGUUCAGAUAUUCAAUUAUGCAAGAUAUCGUUAGAGGAAUGGCGUAUCUUCAUAGUACAGAUACUCACAGUCAUGGUAAUUUAAAAAGUACAAACUGCGUUGUUGACAGUCGAUUCGUAGUUAAAAUAACUGAUUUUGGAUUACAUAGCAUGAGAGAAUCAGAUAAUGACAUGCAUGAAGAAACAUACGCCUUUUAUAAAAGUCAAUUAUGGACAGCACCUGAAUUAUUGAGAAUGCACAAUAGACCACCAGCAGGUUCUCCUAAAGGAGAUGUUUAUAGUUUUGCUGUGAUAUGUCAAGAGAUUGUUUAUAGAAAAGGUGUAUUCUAUCUGCAAAAUAUAGAAAUAGAACCACAAGAUAUUUUACCCAAAGUAAAGAAUGGUAUGAAACCAUAUUUUCGACCAACAUUAGAAGAUUUUGAUUGUCCAUGUGAUGAGUUAGCUGGUGUUAUCCGAAGAUGUUGGUCAGAAGAUCCGACAGAAAGGCCAGAUUUUCAGAGUUUAAAAAAUAUUAUUAGAAAAUUGAACAAAGACGGUGAUAAAGGAGAUAUUUUAGAUAAUCUUUUAUCUAGAAUGGAACAAUAUGCUAAUAAUCUAGAAGCUUUAGUAGAAGAAAGAACUGGUGAUUAUCUGGAACAGAAGAAGAGAGCUGAAGACUUAUUAUAUAUGAUGUUGCCAAAAAAAGUUGCAGGCCAGUUGAUACAAGGAGAAUCGAUUAAAGCAGAAUCCUAUGAACACACGACUAUAUAUUUCAGUGAUAUAUGUGGCUUCACGGCUCUGUCAGCUGCCAGCACACCCAUGGAGGUGGUGAAUCUCCUCAAUGAUUUAUACACUUCAUUCGACUCCAUUAUAGAGAAUUUUGAUGUUUAUAAAGUAGAAACAAUAGGUGAUGCUUACAUGGUAGUAUCAGGUCUUCCGGUUAGAAAUGGAAACCUUCACGCUAGAGAGAUUGCCCGGAUGUCCUUAGCAUUGCUCAAUACAGUCUUGUCUUUCCGAAUACGUCACAGACCCGACGACAAACUUAAACUGCGAAUAGGACUUCAUACAGGUUCAGUGGUAGCUGGUGUUGUUGGUCAUAAAAUGCCUCGUUAUUGUUUAUUUGGUGAUACUGUUAAUACAGCUUCUAGAAUGGAAUCAAACGGAUUACCACAACGAAUACACGUUAGUCCACAGUGUAAAGAAGUUCUGGACACGUUUAAUAUAUUCGAACUGGAGUUAAGAGGUCCCGUUGAGAUGAAGGGUAAAGGAUCCAUCAUCACCCACUGGUUGGUUGGAGAAAGAGAAGCUCCCAGUCGAUAAUAUAGAAUAGAUUAGUUUAAUAUUUAACAACUAUAUCAUCCGUUCAUUUACAUCGUAGAAUCGCCAUUCCUUUUUUUGUAAAAGAUCUGUGCCAAUUUUUCUUAACUUCCCACGGUACAUAUCAGUCAUCAUGACAAUACAAAACCAAACUAACCUAUAAAAGAUAACAAUCUUAACCAGAGGACAACAGAUUCCGACGUUUUGGAGAAAAUAAGGCGACAGAAUAGAUGCUUUAUUUUUAAAUCUGUACUGUUGUUUAUUAAUUUUAAAAUUUGUUUUUGUUGUUUUAUAAGAUUUCAUAACAGCCUUAUGAAUGAUACACUAUAUAAUCAGGAACUGAUAUCCAUUUCUAGGAGGUGGUCGCUUUUAAAAGUUGUAUUUCUGUUUUAUAUUUCACAAUCUGAUUGAAAUACAGAUCUAUUAUUCGUUUGUAAUACUUUCGAUGACCUCCACAACACGAAUUGAAGAUCUAAUCGGUUAUAGUUCGUUCGUUCCUGGAGGUUUACGUCCACUUCCACCAAGUCGGUUGUAGUUGUAGUUAGGGGUCAUAUACGAGCAAUAUUUGACCUUAUAACGUCGGUCAUGCGAUUAACCAAUCAGCUUUGAUCUUCCAGGUGGUUAUUCGGAUAUACCACUUUUUGUUUAUCGCAGCGAAUGUCUACGCACAGUUCCGAGCGCAACACAACAAUAACUCUACUACACAGACCAUUUGAUUGGGUUACUUAUCAUAUCCCUGUGUUGUGAAGACAAGUAAAACGAAAUUUCGAACUAUAAAAAUUAAAACGAAAUGGGACCCAUGCUUUAAUCAGAUUGGAUAUUUCAUGAUAGCUUUAACCACAUAAUCCAGAUAUUACUGAUCUCUGAAUUAGUAACUAUUUUGUUAUUGUACCGGCCACACCCAUGUUUGUAGUAUUAUAUUAGUCAGACUUCUAUUCAUGUAUACAAAUUAUGUUAAUAUUUAUACUUUCUUAUAAAUUAUAUUGUAGAUCAUACGUAUACCAUACGUAUGGGAAUUGAAGAAUAAUAGAUACUUUUGGCAAUUGGGGGAAUUUUUCCUAUCUGUAUCACGUAUCAUGUAUCCGUAUCGUCACGUGAUACGUUGCGUCAAUGUAGUUUUUAGAGUUUUGGCAGAAUUUUCGCGCCGUGUACCUAUAACUAGCUGAGCUGAGCUUAGUUCUAUUAUCAGCAUGAUGGCAGUUAGUGACUAGCCUACAAAUUCCUGAAAGGAGUAAAGUCGCUCGACAGUCGCUGAGCUAUUUAGUGUCGAAUUUUAUUAAAAAUCUUCGACUUCGACUCGACAGCAAUUUUUGGUUUCACUAAUGUAUCAUUUUGGAAAGUAUAUACCACUUUUACAGAUUUGCAAGGUCCCACUUCCCUAAAUUUUACACGUAGAUCAACCAGCAUGCAGACAGACAGACGGGAAAAUAUGAAAAUUCCGCGAAAAGCUCAUCAAAAGUAAUGAAUAAAUCCAGUCUUUACCAUGGUUAAAAUAAAAUCAAAAAUAUACACAUUCAUAAACACGCUAUGGCACAACAUUUCAGCGUCGAAUAGUAGCCAAAAAAUACGGUAAAAAAACGACGAUGUUAUCCGAACCUUUUCCGUAUGAAAGCUGUUUGAUACGAGCUUCCAUAUCCGUGUGCCGUAGUAUCACGUAUGAGAAAUACACACGCAUUGAUGACGCCACACGCAAAAUCGAUAGGGAUACGCGAUACGGACCAGGAAUUUAAGCUUGCCAAAAGUCUGUUUAGGGAUAAUUAUACUAAUUAUAAUUUAGCAUGAUAUAUUUAGAAAUUUAUGUAGAAAUAUUCUCCCAAAAUCAAGUAUUUCAUGCUUUCUAUGUGUUGAUAUAACCCGGUUCCACAAGCUAUUGAUGUUAGAAAAUUGUUUGUUGCUAGUUUUACUUUUUUGUGCAUGUAUAUAACAAACCAUUCCAUAAUAUAUAUUAUCAUCAACAUGCAACCCGUGAUCACGAAACAUACAUUAGCCUGACGUAUAAUAAAACCCCAACAGGUUCCACUUGUAUGAACCUCGAAUUAACACUGAUGUCUACCAUUUUGCUAAAAUAUAAAUUUAAAAAUGGGAUUAGCAGAAUAUGUUGAUAGCUAAUGAGAUACUGAGUUUUGUUAAAGUUGUCCUGCACUUGUUAAAGGGCUUACCUAGAGAAUCUCGAUGCUAAUCUAGAGAAAUCUCGAUGCCCACUUAAUCCCUUCUACGACCAUCAUUAAAUUAUGGUAGCGAUUGGGGUUGGAGGAUAAGAAUGCACACUGUCACCAUUUGUUAAGAUCUUCAAAAUUUAUUCAGCUUGUUUAAUUUAAAACACAUUUGAUUAUACCGAUAAGACGUCACAUCUGCCACUAUUUUUUCCUUGUCUUUCAUCGUACUUGUGACAAUACAUAAAGGCGAGUUGCCUAUGGGUUUUUAUCGUAGUUGUUUUUAAUUUAGUUAAUCAAAAAAAAUAUUUCUUUCUACAGAGAAUUUGAUCAAGAAGUAUUACUUGCUCUCUAUAUAUUAUUUAGGGCAUGACAAAUGAAUGUAUUGUCAGUGUAGUGCCCGGUCUAAGAUUACAAGAUACCAAAGAAUGUGCAUAUAUUCCACUUUUACAUCAGUAACCCCCAAAUUCCCUAGUGAAUUCCAUUAAAAAUAUAUUAGCAUAUUAUGCGUAUUGCUUAUACUGAAAUGAAAAGAAAUAUAUAUUGGGAAAGAUCAAACAAUUUUUCUUGCAUUCAUUUCUUAGUUAUUUAAAUUGAGGUCAGUGUUAAUAGUUUAUAUGUUGAUAUUUCAUAUUGUACAUAACGUUCAUAAUAAUGUAUAAUCACUUUCGCAACUUUAGACAUGUGCUUUGAAACACGUGUCUUAAUUAUCAGCCAAACUUUGGUAGCUUUUAUGUUAUAAUGUAAAUACACUUGUAUAUUUACCUUUAAUGUCUUAAGACAUAUCGUUUUAUCACAAAUGUGAAUUAGUUUUAAGAAAUUAUUUAUAAAAUUUUAAUUAUUUUUAUUGCAUGUAAUGCAUAUCAAAUAGAUUACCAUUAAGAUAUUGUUAGUUAAUCAAUGUCUGUUGUGUUAAAUGUAGUUAAAAUACAGAUCUGAGUUUCGUUUCGUUUUUUUUUUUAUAUGUGGCGAUCCUUUUUUCUGUGGCAAUGAGAAUAUUAAUCCGUUAGUAGCUUUGACCAAUUAUGAACAUGAAAAAUCUAGAACAAUCACUGUCCAGAUUAAUUAUACAAAGGAACGAUUCUCAGAUAGUAUCCUUUUUUCGGUAUUUUAUAAGCACAAAAAAUAAUUAAACAUGCAUUAUGCAAGAGCUAAAUCUGUCUAUUGCAGGUCUUUCUGUGGGUUUUAAAAUUUUUUCUAAAUUAUUGAUUAGACAUUAACUUAUCCAAACCAUAAUCAACUCUCGAUAACAUCUUUAGCCUGCGAUAUUUAAUGGAUUUGAAUACAUUUGGGAUGGAUAAUUUAACGUAUAACUGGAUAAUCGAGAUUUUGUUAUCAUACCAACUUCAGUAAUGACGUUCGAGACUAGCCGAAACUUCAGUUGGUAAUAUCUCCGUUCAGAGUCAAGCAAUUUGACUGCAAUGUUCAGCAUAUUUUGUUUUCAUUAUGUUCUUUAUAACUAUUAUCAAAUCUUAUCUAAUGCCCUUUAAGAGAGACCUUAUUCAAACGUUAUAUAUACCAAUGGUUAUUGUCCCACGUAAUAUUCUAGUUUUGAAACAAAAAUUAAACACAACUUGUACAACAUGGAAUAAAACCGAUUUAAAUUUCGUUUGGUUUAUUUUAUACUUGCGAUGUCUUUUUGAGAUGUCUUGAGAUGAAAUAUUUAACGAGUUCAGAUGUUUUUAACCAGUGUCCUUACAAUCAUCUUAUAAAGUGACGUUUGAAUGGGGUUUGACGUCUACUCGACAAAUUUCAUUUCAAUAAUUUGCUUGCGCGUAAGAGUCUUUAGUAUUGUUACACGGGUACGCGCUAACCAUUCGGUCAUCCAACACCCCUUGCAUUGGAAACCCGAUAGUCAUCAUGCUGGCAGUUUCCAUAUACAUAAGUUAUUCAUUGAUUUAAACAAUACUUAUUCAAAUAAGAUUGAUAUUUGCCGAUACAUACAUUGUCAUGGGUAAGGAUUACAAGCCAAAGGCUUAUAUUAAUUCGUCUCCUAUUAAUAAAUAUACUACAAACUACAGUUACGAUAUUAUGUACACUUGAUAUACAAAACACAUUUUGCACUGCGAUAGUUUAUAUUUGCUAUUAAUCGUGCAUGUAAAUAAUUUAAUAGCCAUUCAUUGAAGACCAGUAUCAGUUCCAGUUGAGGUGGGGACAAUUUGGGCAGAAGUGAUCGAGGCUAUGAGCUAUCUAGAAAAAGAAAACAUUUUGAGAAACGAAAUAUGAACCAGAAAAUACGACACAAAUUUUGAACUAUAAAACACGAAACGAAAAAGGAUCUGUGUUUUAAGAAGUGUUUGUUAUAAUGUAAAGAGAUUGGUCAGUCUAUACACCCUUCAACUAUUUAGGGAUUGUUUUAUUUAUUAUUAUGUAUAUUAUUGUAAAAGCUUAUUAAUUAAUUAAAUAUAUCCUCACCUUUUUCUA